AGUAAUUAACCAAACCCGAGCGACGCGGGAGCCCAAGCACAAAGCAGCUACGAACCUGUGUGAGAAGCUCCGCCCUCUUCUGCGAAGCAGCCCGGCCUGAGCCUUCCCGCGACCUGUAGCGCGGCGGAGCAUGCGCAGAAGGCCUGGCGGGCGGCGGGCGCGUCGCUAUGGAGCCGGACGGGACGUAUGAGCCGGGCUUCGUGGGUAUUCGGUUCUGCCAGGAAUGUAACAACAUGCUGUACCCCAAGGAGGACAAGGAGAACCGCAUCCUCCUCUACGCGUGCCGGAACUGUGAUUACCAGCAGGAGGCCGACAACAGCUGCAUCUACGUCAACAAGAUCACGCAUGAAGUGGACGAGCUGACCCAGAUCAUCGCUGACGUGUCCCAGGACCCCACACUGCCGCGGACCGAGGACCACCCGUGCCAGAAGUGCGGCCACAAGGAGGCGGUGUUUUUCCAGUCACACAGCGCACGGGCCGAGGACGCCAUGCGCCUCUACUACGUGUGCACGGCCCCACACUGCGGGCACCGCUGGACUGAGUGAUCGCCUCAGCCUCCGUGCCCCCGUGUGUGAUAAACGAGCGGGUGUCUGUGA